GAAAUUUGUCACAUGAUAUAGUUUUGGGGGUGGGGCUCACUACCUUGCAUGACUUGUGUAAAAGGAAGGCUGUGUUCUAGUUCUCUGCAGAGCUAGCUAUAGCAAUGGUACUAAUAACAAGAGUGGGUGCUGUGCUGCUGAUGGUGAUGACAUGGUUGCUAGGGUCUAUGAGUGAUGCAGGUGUUCCAGCUGCUUCCCUACAGAGUGCACCUUAUGCACAGUGGGCACAUGAACACUGGGUGUGGUUGUCCAGGGAUAGACUAAACCAGAGCAGCAUCACAGACUACGUCAACCAGUACCUAGAGUAUGGAGUCAAGGUUGGGGCAGUGGAUCUGGACUCUGGUUGGUCGACUGGAUUCAACAACUUUGAAUUCGACACUAAAAAGUUCCCUAAUGCGUCAGGAAUGAUAGACUACUUCCACUCCAAGAGUGUGCGUGUUGUAUUGUGGGCCACCUCUAUGAUUGAUACAGACUCAUCCAACUAUCAAGAGGCACACGACAAUGACUACAUGAUCAAGGAUGUGCUGGGUCAGCAGGCUGUACUCUCCUGGUGGCAUGGCAAAGGUGGGCUCCUUGACUACACCAACCCUAAGGCCCUACAAUGGUGGCACUCUCAACUAGACAAGGUGUUGGACCUUGGUAUCGAUGGCUGGAAGUGUGAUGGCACAGAUCCCUAUAUUCUUGAGCUGGUGGUCCCCCUGGGUCAUUCUGGAGUGGUUACUAGGAGCCAGUACUCUCACCAUUACUAUGGUGACUUCUUCAAUUACACACGCUCAAAGCUUGGCAUGGAUCGCCUCAUCAUGUCAAGACCAGCCGAUGGGUUUGGGCCGCUGUACCUUGACUUCAGCCCUUACUAUGUCAUGUUCUCUGGCUGGGUAGGUGACGAUGACCCAACCUUCCCGGGGCUGGAGAGUGCCCUCAAGAGCUACCUACAGAGUGCAUGGGCAGGGUAUGCUAACUUUGGCUCUGAUAUUGGCGGCUACCGUACUGGGACUGGCCCGCUGGGUCGCAGUAAGGAGUUGUUCCUGCGGUGGGCAGGAGUGGGAGCGUUCUCACCUCUUAUGGAGAACGGGGGGAACAAGGAACAUCGACCCUGGGCCUUUGACAGCAACAACCAAACACUGCACAUCUAUAACAGGUUUGUGACGGUUCAUUAUGAGAUAGGACCGUAUUUACUGACCACUGGAACAGAAGCAUUCGAAACCAAGAGGAGUUCAAUCACACCUCUAGCUAAGCACGACAGCUUCAUCAACAAGAUUAUUGAUGAUUUCAAGCCCUCCACCCUCAACUACCUGCUUGGUGUCAAGCUGUUAGUAGCCCCAGUGCACAAUAAUGACAGCUCAUCAUUUAGUGUGUCUCUACCGUCUGGCCACUCCUGGAUGUACUGGUGGGACCACAGUAAGAUCAGCCAGGGAGGGACAACUGUCCAGUUCAAUGGAGUUCCACUGGAUGAGAUUCCAGUGUUUCUUGUCAGCAAUACGUUUAUCCCCCUGCGUGUGAUGGAUCGCUCCCUCCUAUGGGAUAGUGAUGGUGACUACAUGCACUGGUCUGGGCCCAAUGUGUUCACGGGGUACCUGCGAUGGUUGUUACACUCCCCCCAACCUCAACAACAGGGGGAGGUGCUCUACUCUCCACUCAGGGAGGAGGACGGAGGAGGCAUGGAACUAAAGCACUGGUGGGUGUCUGAUCACCACCUGGUGGUGACUGUCUCAGCUCACUCCACAGAGCGCUCCCUCCUCCAACUAGCUGGACUGGCCACGCCCCUCAAAUCAGUUACCUGUGGGGGGGAAGAUGACCUCCCCCUCGUCCACUCCCUGGUGGGUCUUACGAGACAACAGGGUUACCUCCAGCAGUGCACUAACUACUGCAGCGUUCUCAUACAUCCUGGACACGAUGGAAGCAACGGACAUGUUGUACACUUAUAUUUCUGACUUACCAUGUUUUUGUCACAUUUUAUGUGUGUGGUGUAAAAAUUGUUGUAAAAUAAAAACUGGAAUUGAUACGCACGCAGACCCCCCUCUCUCCUUAUUGGAAGGGGAAACCCAACCCUAGCUGGCCAAAGUCGAAUGUCUCAAGCAAACGCUGCAGGCUGUGAAAGCUGUCCACCAUGGCUCAAACUGAAGAGGGUCACUUCUAUUAGAGUGUCUAGUCAGUGCAUGCAGAGCAAGUCCUUACCUCAGAGUACAGUGUGAGAUUGGCCCCCUGUGGUGCUGAAUGCCAAUAAGACAGUCUCUCCUGAGGUGUUCCACAAGCAGUUGGAGGGAGCAGCUCGCACUGUCAAGUCCAGUUACUGAUGGAGAUACUGCAGCUUAAUUUGUAUCUACAGGAAUUUUAACGUCGUGAUAUUCUAGAGACCUGCAUGAUUAAGCUGAGCUCUUUUAAAUAAUUGUUCAGACAUGUUGAUCCAGAGAAGGGUACUCUCUGCAUUUCCCUCUCUUCUUGCGUAUCAGAGAAGGACAAGACCCUGGAGGAUACUAGGCCUAGCACUACUAGUAACCAGGUGGCAGACAUGUAUCGGGUCUGAGCAACAACGCAAAGCCAGCUGACAUGAAGGAAGAGGACUCCUACUGAACUAUUAAAAACAUCUCUACUGUGUUGUUGUACUGUUUCUUUCAUGUCUUCUUUUUCGGUUCAUUGUUCAUUGAUUAUUGCAGCUGUUUUGAGUGUG